UGGCCAGAACCGGCUGCCAUGCCUGAGCUGGGUCUCCGGGUCACCAGUCCCUGGGGUCUCCAUCCUCCCGGCCAUCAGCUGGGGUCUGAAGGUCCCUCUCCCCUCCCCUCGUUAAACCAGUAACAUCCAGGGACACUGAGUCCCACUCCCUCUGCAUGCAAAUCACUGGAAAACCACAAAAAGAUAGGAAAAUCCUCCACUUCGUCACACCUAGAUACUUAAGAAAUGCAUAGGGGAAACUGAGGCACCCACACAGUAUUCAGAGGAAACAUUAAGAACAGCCCCACUUCGUCACAUCAGCGCCCCACAGGGCAAUGUGGGGUAGGGAGACAGUGCCGGUACCCCCAGGGCACUGUGCCAGGAGGAUUUGUCAGGGGCACUGUGCCGGUCGGCGCAGCCAAAACCUGGGCUCCUGGCCCUACCCCACAACCCGUGGGGGUCAGGGCAUGGCACACUGGGAGGGCAGCACCCAGACCAUAGAGCGUACAUGGGAGUGUGGGGAGGUUUGCAGGAAUCAGGGCCCCGUUGGACCAGGCACAGCACACAACAAAACACAGCCCCACAGCCAGAGGGGCUGUCCUGCCCCAUGGCUACUGGGGGGCUGCAGUGAUGGGGGAGGCUAUAGGUGGUCCGAGGCCAUGGGGAGGAGUAGGGGAGUGUGGUGUGGCAGGGAGCAGGUAGGAUAGGGUGAGGGAAGGCAAUGGAGCCCCGCUGGGUGCUGGCCAGGGGAGGGAGGGGGGGCUCUACCUCCCCCCCACCAAGCUGGGGGCCCUGUCGGAAGUGGCAGGUGGCUGUGGGGCAGGGGGAGGUGACGCUCUGACAGGAAGCCCCAGUACAGGCAAUGUACUGUCACACCCGCCGGCUGCAGACUCACAGCCGGACCCCUGAGUGCAGAGCUGCCUAUGGCCUGGGCCGAGGGCACGGCGAGUGGUUGGGUGGGGGGCUGGGUGCUCGUCCCCCUGGGGGGCUGCCUGCUGCUCUGCGGGCUCUGCCGGAGAAAGAUUCCUGUUUUCCCCCCAUGGGGCCCACAGCCCAGCUGCCCCUGCCCCCCAGGUGCUGCCCCUCUGCCCAUUGUGUAUUGCAGGGACUCACCUCUGGAGCUGGGGCCACGCUACAUCUCAGAUCCUACCUCUGGCACCAGUGUCACCACAAGCCCACAGCCUCCUGUGGGCCCCAGGAGCACGGACAAUGAGGACGAGGAUGAUUUCCAGUACCCUCCUGCCCCGUGGACAGAGUCGCGGCAGACCCCGGUCUUUGAGUCCCUGAAGCAGGCCCGGGAAUCUGGCACCGACGUGGACAGCCAUGGGAGCUACGUGAACAUCAACUCCGAGGAGGACUAUGUGAAUCUGCAGGGUGCCAAUGGGGGAUGCUCCGUGGAGAAGGACAAGGAGUAUCUGGAGGUGCUUCCAUUGGGGGCUGAGAGAACCAGGCCCCACAGGCAGAAGGGCUCCAGUCACGACAAGGGUGAGAAUGUCUCCUAUGCGAACGUGGACGACAAGGAGCCGAAACCCCCCUCACUGGACAAGCAAAAAGCCGACUAUGACUAUGUCAACAUGUCGUAGCCGUGUGGUGCCAGGGACCAGCCGCCUCUAUCUCUGCCCCCCGGCGGGUCCCUCAGUGGGGCCCUGGAUGCGGGUGGGGGCUCUCAGAGAUCCCCGGAUAGAAGACGUGGCCCUUGCUGCCCUGCUAGCCUGGCACUGGGCUCCCCAGCAGGGCCGAGUACACUGCCCCACAGCACAGGGCUGGGUUCCCCAGUGGGGCUGAAUAUGCUGCCCUACAGCAUGGGGCUGAGCUCCCCAGAGGGGCCGAGCAGGCUGCCCCACAGCAUGGGGCUGGGCUCCUCAGUGAGGGUGAGUACCCUGCCCCACAGCAUGGGGCUGGGCUUCCCAGUGGGGCUGAAUAUGCUACCCUACAGCAUGGGGCUGGGGUCUCUAAUCUGAGCACCAGGUCUGGCUUGGCUGGUGCAGCCCAGUCCAGAAGGGGAGCUGCAGAGGGGAUCUGCCCAGCCCUUUGCGGGAGGGGAUGGUGCUAUGGGGUGGGGGCAGGCACAGAUCUGUCGUCUUCCCCACACCUCCCCCGGGCCUAACUCGCCCGCAGCCUCCCCCAUUGUUUAGGGGCUUCCUUCUUGGUGAACCCGGGGACGUCACAGUCCCACAUCCACCCCUGUUCCAGGGCCCCGUCUGUCCACACCUGGGAUCAUGGUGUGUGCAUAAAACCGUCCCAAUAAAUUGGGGAAUUUGCCCCUAAACCUC